UGUCACCACACGCAACGUAAGUAACGUGAAUGUUCAUUAAAAACUCAACGUUGAAAACCUACUUUACGUUAAUCAUUUAAACCAGUCGGAACUCAGAAUAAAUUGGUGCUUUUUAUCGUAAGAAAAUCGUGAAAAUGUUGGGGGGAAAUCAAGACAAAACUCACGACACAGUGAACCAAAACCUGCGCGGUUUACAGCAGCAACCAGCAGAAGAGAAGAGCGGGCAUAUCCGCCCGUCGCGUCCGGCGGCUUCGUCCACAAAGCAACAGCAACAACACCGCACACCACUUGGUGAUAUCAGCUACAAACUCGGUAAUGUGGCCAUCGGAAAUAGAAACAGUCAUGACAGUACUUCGCAGAGACCUAAGACGAUUGUAAUUGAAGGAAAUAUUGGCAGCGGGAAGUCAACAUUGCUGAAGUAUUUUGGUCAGAUUGACGAUUUUGAAGUCUUUCCGGAGCCCGUGGAAAAAUGGAGAGACAACAGGGGAGAAAAUAUGCUGGAUUUAUUUUACCAAGAUCCAAGUCGCUGGAGUUUUGCAUUUGAGUCCUAUGCACAGUUCACUCUGCUACAGGUUCAUCAAGCGCAGCCCGACUGCCGAGUCAAGAUGAUGGAAAGAUCCUUACACAGCGGCAAAUACUGCUUCAUUGAGACGCUCUACCAAAGUAACAAGCUACAGACCCCAGAGUACAAUGUACUGAGCGAGUGGUUUGAUUGGCUGCUAACAACAAAAGACCUCCAUGUUGAUCAUAUAGUAUACCUUCGUAGCACCCCAGAGCAAUGUGAGAGGCGGAUUUGUGAGCGGAGUCGUAAAGAGGAAUCCGGAAUACCUCUGGAGUAUCUCAGAGAACUCCAUGAGAUGCAUGAGGAUUGGCUCAUCAGGAAGACAAAGUUUGAGCUUCCAGCACCAGUAAUAGUUCUUGAUGCAACAAAGUCAUUAAAAGAAAUGGAGCAACAAUUCAAAUUUCUCGAGGAAAAGUUACAAUUGUAGUGUUUAUUUUUGUAGGUUUGUUUUCAUCAAAAUAGUUUUUAGGUAUGAAAUUUUAGAAUUGUACAGUUUUAUUUCCAUUUUCUUAACAAGGUAUUACGAGGAAAGUCUACCCUUAGGGUCAUACUUUGGAUAUGACCCUCAAAGAAUUGUGGGGUUUUAUUCUAUCCGAAAAGCUUACUUGCUUUAAAGCUGUGAAUGGUGGUUUAGCAUUCUUCAAAAUCAUUUUGUCUGAAAUGCCCUCUUUGGAAAAGAAAUCAAUAAAGUAUGUCAACAAAUUUAAAAUCUCCAAUACUUACCUAAAGGCAAGAAUGGAGAUUCAAAAUUCCAUGGCGUCCAUUCGUCAAUGCUGUGGCCAGAGAUGUGGUUGGUACUCGCUUCUCCAUACUAGAUGUGGAUGGGUUUGUCAUUCUUAAAGAAGUUUUGUAACAGUUUUUUUCCCCAUUUUCUUAGCAAGUUGACAAUGUAAUUAGCUGAAAAUUUCACAUUUGACUUAUAUUGUAUCUUUACUGACGCUUUGCCUCAUAAAUAUUCAUUGUGUUGACAAAUCAAAUCUGUGACCCUACCUUUAAAGGCACUGGACACUUUUGGUAAUUGUCAAACACCAUUAUGCUCACUAUUUCAACAGAAAUUACUUCAAAAACUAUGUUACUUCAGAGGGAGUAGUUUCUCACAAUGUUUAAAUCAUCAACAGCUCGCCAUUGCUC